GAAUAAAAUAAAAUAGUUUAAAGAAUGUCUGGAAAAAAGAAGGCUCAAAAGAUGUCACUGUCUGACUUUUUAGCAGAUGACACUACUGGUGGCUCUUGGGCUGACGAUGUUGUUGAACUUCCUACUGCUCCUGCCUCAAGAGAAAGCAGAAAUGAAUCUCGUGGAUACCAUGAUGAAGAUCGUGGAUUUUUCGAAAGAUCCGAACGCAGAAAUAGCGAUAAAGGUUUUGGUGGCCCUCGUGGAUUUGGUGGUCGCCGUGGCAGUGAACGUCAUGAGCGCAGAGGCUUUGAACAACGCGAACGUCAGUUCACUCCUCGUGCACCUGUUGAACUUCCUACCAAGCCUCCAUACACUGCACACAUUGCUAGCUUGUCAUUUGAUGCUACAGAAGAUGACUUGGCUGGAUUAUUCGCUGACUUAAAGAUUGUCAGCAUCCGCCUUCUCCGUGACCGUCAGACGGAAAGACCCAAGGGAUUUGGCUAUGUCGAAUUCGAAGAUUUGGACUCCCUUAAAAAAGCCUUGGAAUUCUCUGGAGAAAGCAUUCAUGGACGUAGCAUCCGUAUUAGUGUAGCCGAACCUCCACGUGAAACUGACCGUGUUCGUCAGCCAGACCGUACUGAUGUUGAUUCCUGGCGUCGCAAGGAACCUCUUGAAUUCUCUGAAGCGCCUCGUCGUGAAUAUGGCUCACGCGGUGGAUUCGGUGGUCGUGGAGGUUUCAACCGUGGUGAUCGUUUUGGUGGUGAUCGUCAAGCUGAAAGACCUCGUCUUAACUUGAAGCCUCGCUCAACUGAUAAUACCGACAGUGCUGCCAACGCACCUGCCAAAACUCCCAAAUCUGAUCCAUUCGGGGGUGCCAGACCUGUUGAUACUGAUAAAGUCUUGAAAGAUAUUGAAAAGAAGCUUGAGGCAACUCAUGUUAGCCCCAAGAAUCCAGAGGAGCAACCUUAAUUGCUACUACAAGCUCAUCAAAAAAAGAAGAAGGAGACAUGUAUACGAUCCAUCGGCAUCUCAAAUAAGAGCCCUAACUGUGCUCCUCCUCUAUUUUACGCUUUCAUAAUUUUUAGUGCAUUGUUUAAUAGAA